AUGGCUAUUUUUCCAGGAGCUCACGUCGUCGGAAUGGCAAACCUGCGUCCUGCGAGCCUUGUCGCAAGCACAAGGUACGAUGCGACCAUGCACAGCCUCCAAACCACGUCUCCAGCGCGUAGUUUGAACAACGAUGCCAGCUAUUUAUCUGCGACUAUGGUCCCAAGCUCUUCUUUGGAUACUGCAACAAUGACCCCAGGUCUAAGGUCGGACGGGAUGUUGCAAUCUGCGGGCUAUCUAGGGCCAACUAGCUUUAUAUCCGAAUUGGAAGAGAGCCAUGGGCUUACACAUAGUACUGAUGAGCAACCGCAUGGUAGAGCAGAUACCGCCACCAUACAGCCGUGGUGGACGCAAAGGGUAACCAAAGCUCUAGGUUUGCUCCAUGAGUUCCCUGUUAUGAAGCAGCUGGUCCAGAAUUACUAUAGCUUGAACCAAUCUGCUGCAAUCCCGGCACCUCUGAUAGUUGAUACCCUCGCUGAACUGGAGACUACAUACAAUGAAAAGCUAUAUGAAAACAUCUCAAAUGAGCAGACUUCUGCGUUAGCCGUCUUGGCCAUGAAAAAUACACAGAAGACAUUCACGAUUCCACCUGCAGUGGAUGGGGCACAUUUCUCGAAGCUGUUUACAGGCUCCUCUAUUCGGCUAGAAAUAAUUGGACUCAUUUAUACCCUAGCAGGUCGAGCAAGUUACUAUGGAUUAUCUUAUCCAUCAAGUAGUACGAUUUCUGGGUGUGAUGCCGAGUUUCCUCGCAAGAUGCUUACUGCAAGCGAUACUAUAAUUCAACUUUGCAAGAUGUUGACGCCUACGAAUGAUCUCACCAUGUGGCUUAUUCAGGAAAAUUUACUUCUUUCUAGCGUCAUAUUUGGUUAUUCCAGUUCGGAAACCUGGCAUCGCCUGGGUGGCCUAGCUACAACUAUAUUCGAGCUGGGACUGCAUAGAGACAAUGGCUCGAGCUCACUCCCGGAAUUUCUCCUUGAAACCCGACGUAGGCUGUUUGCUGCUUCAUAUCACUACGACAAGAGCUUUGCUACAUUUUUAGGUCGACCACCUCUAAUCUCACGGAGACAUUCGGACUGCCCUCUUCCACUCGAUAUCAGCGACGAUACCCUAGUAUAUAGUCGCAACGUGAUCGAAGUUACACGCAGUUCACUAACUGGCGAAGGCUGGAGCUCUCAGCCACUUUUCCAACGAGCAGCUUGGAUAAGACUUAGGUAUAUCAUUAGCUCUUAUAGAGAGGAAAUUCUGGAGUUGUCGCUACAAAAGCCCGGACCUGAGCGCUUGACUAAGUUAAGGGAUGUUUCCCAUCGGUGUAACCAGGCCUGGAACUCACUGCCAGAACAUCUGCGUUAUAUAGAUUCUUGUUGGGAUACUGAUCUACCAGGAAGUGUGAAAAUGAUGCUAAUUGUGUCAUAUUUAACGUACCGUUAUAAUGGCUUUCUUGUUGAGAGGAUAAUAGUUAAAGACUACGCGGAUGCCCGGAAUGAUCUACUGAGCAUCAGCGGUUCCAUACUCACUACUGUGUUAACAUUUGGCAGACAAAACGUGCGCUCGUUUGACAUGCAACGAGAUUUCAUUUGGACGUUGCUGCUCUUUGGCUUUGCAAGUGCCAGCGUGCUAAUCCGAGAACUUCAGAAAGAAGUCAGGACAAAACAACCAAUUCCAUAUCCCGGCUCUCGAGCUACCCUUAUUCGCAAUCUCAGUGUCUUCAUCUCCCACCUGGAAUCAAUGGCGCGACCUGGUACUGCCGGCUCCUCAUUUUUCAGCCGUGCAACUGAGGUCUUUUCACACAUAAUUUCCGAAGUCUUAGAGCCGGACCCUGUGCAGCAGGACACGAAUCCGGAAAUUAACACUGGUCUUGACGCAUCUAUGUUGGAAAACAUAGAUGGGAUUGGUCUACUCGAUUAUGCAAAUAUACCUAACAUUUUUGAUCAAAUGUUAUUCCAACUUUAG